GCAGGUUAAAUCAGGUCUUGAAGUCCGAGAAACGUCAUUGCGCCUAGCCGAUUCAUCACAGUGACAAACAUACCUGCACUUGCGCAGACAUUGUGUAAUCGGGGGGACUGCACAUAAGAAGCUUUUCGUACAACUCCAUUCGACCAGCCAUCUGCCACUACCAACAAUCGACUUCAACCAUAACGCCAAGAUGUGGUAUGCGAUAGCUCAACCCAGCCAAUAUCUCGUGCUCACCGGAGCCGGGAUAGGGGACAUCCAAAUCCGUAAAAAGGCACUGUGCACAAGAAUAUCGGUCUCGCCGUAUGAUUAUUCUCUGAGCCUUCAGGCCAUGACGAUUGAAAAGCUGCAGUUUUGUCUGCCGGCAGUUUUCACGAUUGGUCCUGACAACAACAAAAAAGCUCUUAGGAGAUAUGCGUUGAUUCUGUCUGGCUGCUCACAAGGGGUUGCCUCGGCGUCGGCGUCGGACGGCACAAGUCCAGGGCAGAACCAUGUUCACGACAUCGUUCGAGGGAUCAUCGAGGGCGAAACACAUGUGAUCGUUUCUAGUAUGUCCAUGGAGGAAAUCUUCAAGGAGAGGCAAGUAUUCAAAUCAAAAGGUUACUAUAAUGCCAACGUCAAGGAGCUCCAGGAUGCUCCGGGAAGCGAGUACUUUGCCUCUCUGAGCCGGAAAGUCCAUGAAGGGGCUCAUAACCAGGCCAAGAUUGAUGUUGCGGAGGCACGCAUGAAGGGUGAAAUUGGAGAGGCUGAAAAGCAGGGCAGAACAAAGCAGGAGCUCUCCAAAAUCGACGCGGACGCUGCUGUUCUGGAAACCAAACGCAAAGCCGAAAAGGUAAAGGCAGACUCGGAGCUUACCAACCGCAAAACGGAACUGGAUUGCACCAUUCAACUCAACAAGAUUUCAGCUCAGCGCCAGACGGAAAUGAGAGAUGCUGAGUUACAGAAACAGGUUGAGACCAAGCGCGCAGAGACCGAGCUAGAACGUCUCCGAGCCGAGCAGGUCACUAGAAGCCAGGUUGACCGUGAAACAGCCCAGGAAACGGCCGAUGCUGCCUACUACACGGAGCAGAAGGCGGCCGAGGCACGGUUGUAUAGGCAGAAAAUGGAGGCAGAUGCAGCCUUUUACCGCAAUAGCAAAGAAGCCGAGGCAGUCUUUACUACCAAGAAGCGGGAAGCCGAGGGAGUACUCGAGACGGCCAAGGCAUACGGCUCCCUUAAGUUGGCCGAUGCGAAUGGCCGUGCCAUCAAUGGACUUCAGCCUAAGAUCACCACAUGGAAUACUGGCAAUAGCGGACAUAUUUCCGGGGAUUCAAUGGGCUCAAUUCGAAGCCUCAUACAGGGCCUACCCCCUCUUCUGAGCACGAUCCACGAACAAACAGGAAUAUCUCCCCCAUCCUGGUUCGCAGAAAUGCCCAAACCUGAGACUGACGACAGUAACCUCAUCAGUAACUAGGCGAGGGUUGCCCAGAGUAUUGGACACGGGGUGGUUGUGUCUCUAAUAAAGGGACCGCAGUUGUCUUAUCGUUGAAUUGCACCUUAUUAUACGGCGGUUGCUAGAUUCCCAGAUUGCCCAUCGUCAACAUGUACUGCUGCUGAUAUUCUAUCCAUGCGUAUCAAUUAGCUAGACAGGACUCCGAACGGAGUCCAAUUUGAUAAUUCGGUUGUAAGAGGUUUUCUGAAGUAGAUUAAUAGUGUUCCGCUGCUAACAUCCAACGUUGUUCUGGCUCCGCAAAGCGAUGCCGGG